AUGGAUUUGAUUGAACAGAAAGAUAAAUUGGAUGUUAUAAAUGUGGAUGUUCGGACAGUUAAAAAACCAUCAAGACAUGAUUCUGAAAACUAUUUCCGUGAAGCAUUUAAACCAUUGAGUACAAGUAUAGAAAAAAAUAAUCAAUGUAACUCGCACCCAGCUGAUCAAAAAAAUACGGAAACCUCGCAUAUUAGUGACGAAGAUGACGAUGUAUUAAAUUCAACAUUUUCAAAUUUUUUUAAUAAUCGACAGACAAUACAACGUUAUGAUAAAUCCUAUGGUAUGUAUUAUGAUAAAGCUAGUGAUUCGUACAAAAUAGGAGAUCACACAGUAACUUUUUGUCAUGGUAACUUACAGUUGGUUAAUAAAUACUAUAAAUGGACUAAAGGGCUAUGGUCGUUAUUAUGCGAGAAGGAACCAAAAAAUCACACUAUAGAAGAUAUGGAAUCUUAUUAUGAUAUUUUAAGAACAACACAUGUUCAUUUAAAACCCGAUGGGAAACCCAAAACCUCAAGAUACUUUAAAUGGAUUAAUGUUGUAAAACCUCUGUACGAACGAAUGAAAAAUGAGGAUCAUCAGUUAAACAAAGAAAUAACUAAAAUUAAUACCCCUAAAACUCCUCAAAUUAACUUAUUACUAGGGUUGAGCGCUAAACGUAGUAAUAUUCAUAAUAAUACAACCAUGGGAAAUGCUCCGUUUGAAUUUCAACCAACAGCUAACAGUUCUAUGAUUUCAGAACCUGUUGUUGAAAAUAUGUUUAGUUUUACUUCAACACCGCAGACUAAUAAUAAAGGUGCUGGUUUAUAUAAAGAUGUAAUACCUCAAACCCAGUUAGUUUAUUAUGACGACCCAAAUGAGCUAGUGACUAGAUUAAAUCUUUUAGCAUCAUCACAAAGUGCGGGGUCGUGUCACUCGGAUCCGAUGUUGUAUCCGCUGUUUUUCCCGUACGGCGAGGCCGGUUGGCAUAACGGGAUGUUGCAAGCGGGCAACCGACGAAACAAUGUCCGCAAUCGCAACAGUAUCAGAGCGUUUGCGUCCUACCGUUUGGCUGUUAGAUAUCAGGGAAAUAACGACCAAAGGCAUGAACUGUUUAGUUUAUUACAUCAGGGUCGGUUCUUGUUGCAGAUGUAUGUGUGCGACCAGUAUGUUCGAAUGGAGUCGAACAAUCUGAACUACAUACGUUUGCACCAGAGGGAUCUCCUCGCCGAAGUGUAUCAAGGGCUCAUGGACCAUGUGAACCAACAGCUCCACGUCGAUCCCAUGGCGGUCGGGCGUAGGGUCAUAUUGCCGUCGACGUUCACGGGUAGCGACCGAUUCAACAAGAUGAAUUAUCAAGACGCCAUCACCAUAGUGCGUACCAAAGGGAAACCCGACCUGUUCAUAACGUUUACGUGCAAUCCCAGGUGGCCAGAGAUCACUGAAAACCUGGCUGCCCACAGCACGGCAAGCGACAGGCCGGACCUGGUGGCCAGAGUGUUCAACAGGAAGCUACAGGAGCUAAUAGUUGACAUAACUGUGAAUCGUGUGUUUGGUAAUGUCGGCGCUUACGUGUACACUAUCGAGUUUCAGAAACGUGGUCUGCCCCAUGCGCAUAUACUGAUAAUCCUGGCGGAGGACUGUAAGUUCCGCACGGCCGAGGACGUGGACGACGUGGUUUGCGCCUUCUUGCCGGACCCCGCAAUCGACAGGCGCCUACACGACUGCGUCAAGUCUCACAUGAUCCACGGGCCGUGUGGAACAGUCAAUCCACAGUGUCCGUGCAUGGUGGACAACAAAUGCUCCAAAGAUUUCCCGAAAGCGUACGCAGAGGAGACUGUGUACGUUGCGGACGGCGGAUAUCCAAAGUACCGCCGACCGGAUGACGGCCGGGUGGUACUUGUGAGAGGUCGUGAGGUUGGUAACGAGUGUGUAGUGCCAUACAACCCUUACCUUCUGGCCAAGUAUGACGCGCACAUCAACGUCGAGAUAUGCACGUCCAUAAAGAGUGUCAUGUAUAUCUACAAGUAUAUAUACAAGGGACACGACCGUGUGACGUUGGAAGUUCAGGACCAGGAUGAGAUUGCCAAUUACGUAAACUCAAGAUAUGUCAGCCCACCAGAAGGCAUCUGGCGGUUGUUUUCGUACAAAUUGCACGGCAAAAGUCACACGGUCGUCAGACUUCCUGUCCACCUGGAGGGUCGUCAGAACGUGUACUUUGCGCCGGGCCAAGCAGAAGAACGGCUACAGAACCAAGCUGUGCGUAGUACGAAACUCACGCAGUUCUUCGCGCUCAACACAACAGACGUGAAUGCUCGACAAUACUUGUACCACGAAAUACCGACGCAUUACACCUGGCAGAUGCCACGUAAUCAAGAAAACGUACUCGUAAGAAAUGUCACCCAAUGGUUGCCGCGGCGGAUUCGGAUGGCAAACGUUACGUUGGCUCGGAUGUACAUAGUAAACCCACUGGACCGGGACCGUUUCCACCUGAGAUUGCUACUUUUGAACCGGAGAGGCCCGAAGUCCUUUCAAGACAUAAGGACGGUGGACGGGGUCAUUCACGAAACAUUCACAGCGGCUGCCGUUGCACUCGGAUUAUUGGAAGACGAUCGUGCGUGGCGGGAUUGCUUGACGGAAUCGGCGACGUUGGACACACCGCGGCAGCUGCGGUAUCUGUUCGUCACUAUACUGGUGUUCUGCGAGCCCUCAAACCCGCUGGCGUUGUACGAGGCGAACGAAGCAAACAUGAUGGAGGACUUCAACCGCCGUCUCCAAGACGUCGACCGCGCGAGGGCCGCGUGUCUGGCGGCCAUCGAGGAUCUACUUCGUGUACACCGGAAAUCGCCGGGCGACUACGGUCUGCCCCUCGCCGACCCCCGUCUACUGGAACCGCUGCAGGACGACGCGCUGUUCCGGGCAAUAGACGCGGCGGCACGGUGGGCCCCACAAGUAGACGCCUUGAACGCCGAACAGCGAACGGUGUACGACCGCGUGAUGGCGGCCGUCGACGACCAACGCGAGGUGGCGAAAACUUUCUUCGUCGACGGACCCGGGGAUACCGGAAAAAACGACGCUCGGGAGGUGUUGUGCGUGGCGUUCACCGGUAUCGCCGCGUCGCUCAUGGACGGCGGCAUGACCGUACACUCGACGUUCGGACUGCCUUUCGGCACGGUGACCGAAGACUCGACGUCCAGCGUCACCAUGCAGUCCGAGCGAGCGCAGAAGAUACGCAACGCGGCGCUCAUCGUCUGGGACGAAGCCCCAAUGUCGCCGGGACUGCAACUGACGGUGGUGGACCGCCUGCUCAGGGACGUCAUGGCAUCGGAAUUACCGUUCGGCGGUAAAACCAUGCUGUUCGCCGGCGACUUCAGGCAGAUAUUGCCCGUGGUCCGGAGAGGGACGAGAGCCGAGAUCGUCAUGUCGUCGAUCAAGGAAAACGGUCUUUGGCGCGUCAUGGAGCGCUUCAAUCUGGUCCAGAACAUGCGCGCGGACCACGACGCGGACUUUGCGACUUGGUUGCUUGAGCUCGGCAACGGCCGACUGCCCGCGGUCGACGGCGUUCCGAACACCGUGCAAAUCCCGCGGCAAAUGGUAUGCGACGUUGAUGAUUUGAUCGAUUUCGUGUACCCGCAGCAAAUGUCGUUGGCCAACGUCGACGAAUUCGCUCGGAGAAUCGUUGUGUGUCCCACCAACGAAGACUGUAGAGGUGUCAACAGGGACGUGAUGGAGCGCGUCGACGGUGCUCAGAUGAGCUACACCGCCGUCGACACGAUGAUGGCGGACGAUCCCGACGAAGUGGCCAAUUUUCCCACGGAGUUCCUCAACAGCUUGGAACCGGACGGCCUGCCGCCGUACCGGCUGACGUUGAAGGUGGGGUGCAUCGUGAUGUUGCUCAGAAAUCUCGAUCCGAGGAGACGACUGUGCAACGGUACGAGGUUGGUGGUCACCGAACUGCGGCGUCACAAUUUCAAGGCUAGGAUUUUGGGCGGUGAAGCACAGGACGACGACAUCGUCGUGCCCAAGAUACCGCUCACGUCCAGCGGUGAGGACGACCUGCCCAUCUUACUGCGGCGCCUUCAAUUCCCGGUGAGAUUGUCGUUCGCCAUGACCAUCAACAAGUCGCAGGGUCAGACGUUCGACCGUGUAGGUUUGUUACUGACGUCGCCUGUGUUCACGCACGGGCAACUGUACGUAGCGUUUUCGAGGGUGAGAAACGCACAGUCCGUGAGAGUCGGCAUGUACGCCGAUGACAGCGGCCGAUUCGUCACCAAGAACAUAGUGUACAGGGAAGUUCUGUAA